AUGGCGCACGAGCGCAGCCGGUUUGGGUUCCGUCCCAACACUGUGCAGGAUGUUUGGCAUUUGCCAGAGAACACCAAGAUUGGCAAAUUCGCCACUGGCGCCAUGUGUUCCUCAGAUGAAAGCAGGUUCAAACUGAGCACAUGUGACAGAGUAUGGAGAUGCCGUGGAGAACGUUCUGCUGCCUGCAACAUCCUCCAGCAUGACCGGUUUGGCAGUGGGUCAGUCACGAAUCUUUGGACCAAAGUGCAGCGUGGUAAGGCUAAGCGUGGUAAGGCCCAGCGUGGUAAGGCCCAGCGUGGUAAGGCUCAGCGUGGUAAGGCCCAGCGUGGUAAGGCUCAGCGUGGUAAGGCUCAGCGUGGUAAGGCUCAGCGUGGUAAGGCUAAGCGUGGUAAGGCCCAGCGUGGUAAGGCCCAGCGUGGUAAGGCUCAGCGUGGUAAGGCUCAGCGUGGUAAGGCUCAGCGUGGUAAGGCUCAGCGUGGUAAGGCCCAGCGUGGUAAGGCUCAGCGUGGUAAGGCCCAGCGUGAUCUGUUCAUUGAGAGGUUCUGUAUGACGGGAGGCAGUUCACCUAUUGGCUACCUAAAGGCGUGGCAGACCAACCUGUACCUGUCUGCCGAUGCGGAGAAGGUCAGGGAGGCGCUGUCUGAAGGCAUUGCUGCGGCCACCAUGUUCAUGUCCAAUAAGCUGACAGAGGUAUCGCAGACGCAGCUGAGAGUGGCCUUUGACGGGGACGCUGUCCUCUUUUCUGACGAAUCAGAACGCAUUUUCAAAGCCCAGGGCCUCGAUGGGUUCUUCCAGCAUGAGAGAGACAACGAGGACGUUCUACUGGACCGUGGCCCUCUUAAGGACUUCCUAGCGUCCCUUGGUAAACUCCAAAAGAAGUUCUAUGCUAAGGGUCACCGUCUGGACUGUCCCAUCCGUACCUACCUGGUGACGGCCCGCAGCGCAGCCAGCUCAGGGAUCCGUGCCCUGAAGACCUUGAGAGCCUGGGGCCUGGAGACGGACGAGGCUCUGUUCCUGGCCGGGGCACCCAAGGGCCCGAUGCUGGAGAAGAUUAGGCCCCACAUAUACUUUGAUGACCAGAUGUUCCAUGUGGAAGGUGCGGCGGAGAUGGGCACGGUUGCGGCUCACGUACCCUACGGGAUCGCUCAGAAGCACCCACAUAAGAAGAGCCUGAACACAGGGAAGUAGAUAGCGGAAGGAGAGAAUAAGAGAAAGAUUGAAGAAACGAAGAGGAGAGAGACCUGAGAUUAAAUACUUUUAGAGAGGGAGAUAUAGAGUCAUAUGGAACAUCUGAUCUUCCCCGGGUCAUUUUCACAAACAAGAAAGCGGUUAUUUUCAGUCAGUGAGCUUCGUAAAAACUAAGGUAGAUCAAUUCAAAAUGAAGAUAAUGAAGAAAGUCUGUAAAGUUUUGGUAUUGAAAUACUCCUAAUAGACGAUAAUUUAAUUGUGUUGAUUACAGUAUGUGCUUUUCACCAGAUUUCAGAAGUGUUUGUGUUGUACAUAAGUGGGGUUGUUUCACCUCCUCAGCAUCCUGUGUGUGCAGCCGUUAUAAUCAUCCUUAGGAAUGUGUUAUCAUAAGCACUUUGGUUGGCCACCGGAGAGUUCUACAUACCUGAUAUAGAACCAGAGAGUUCUACAUACCUGAUAUAGAACCAGAGAGUUCUACAUACCUGAUAUAGAACCAGAGGAGAGUUCUACAUACCUGAUAUAGAACCAGAGGAGAUUUCUACAUACCUGAUAUAGAACCAGAGAGUUCUAUAUACCUGAUAUAGAACCAGAGGAGAGUUACAUACCUGAUAUAGAACCAGAGAGUUAUAUAUACCUGAUAUAGAACCAGAGGAGAG